AUGUCGGAAACGAAGAAGAAACUGCUCGGUGAUCCGUUGGCAUCCAACUAUCACCUCGUCGCCUCAGCGAACACAAUGGAAACGGGAAGCUUGAGAUUCAUGAACGAAAAGCACCGUAAUCUACACGGAAUGGGCUGGUUUGUGACUUGUCUCUUCAUUGUUGGCGAAACGGCCGGCGGAGGCUUGAUCGCUCUACCGUCAGCGCUCUCAAACGCUGGAAUCUUCAGCGGAUUGUUGAUUGUAGCCGUCGUAGCUGCAGCUUGUAUGUACACCGGGAUGCAGCUAUCCGACAAUUGGGCAAUUCUCCAACAACGAUGGCCCGAAUACCGGGAACACUGUCGGAAACCCUAUCCGGCGAUGGGCAAUCGGUCACUUGGACCAGGAUUUGGAAAGUUUGUCUCAUUUUGUCUGGAUUUGACGUGUUUCGGGACGGCUUGCGUUUUCUUGCUGCUGGCUGCGAAAAAUAUCGAGAGUUUUCUGAUAGCUUGGGGUGGAGUUGAGAUCGGUUUCUGCCAAAUUCUCAUCUAUGUAUCGAUUUGCGUUUUGCCGGUGACAAUGCUCAAGAGUCCGAAAGAUUUCUGGUGGGCGGUAAUGUUGGCUAUGGUGACGACGACAAUCGCUGUCUCGUUGAUCAUCUAUGGAUCGAUUGAGGAUUAUCCGACUUGCUCACGCCAUAUCAGCUAUCCUGAGUUCUCGAUGGAGAAAACCUUCAUGUCCUUUGGAACAGUCGUUUUUGCCUACGGUGGUCACGGAGCUUUCCCCACCAUUCAACACGAUAUGCGAGAACCAUAUAAAUUCGGAAAAGCUUGCACUCUCGCUUUUGUCUUGAUUUGUGUGAUGUACUUGCCCGUUUCACUUACUGGUUAUUUCACCUAUGGCGGCUCGUUGAUGGACACAAUCAUUCCGUCAUUGCAGAAUGCAAACCUGCAAAUGGCCGUCAACUGUUUGAUAACUUUGCAUGUCAUCUUGGCUUUAACGAUCAUGUUCAAUCCGAUCAAUCAGUCCUUUGAAGAGCUCAUGAAAGUGCCUCAUGAUUUCUGUUGGCAGCGAGUAGCCGCUCGGACUUUCGUCAUGGCUUGUGUCGUCUUUGCCGCUGAAUCUGUUCCUAAUUUUGGCCCACUUUUGGAUUUAGUUGGAGGCUCAACGAUAACCCUGAUGGCUUUAAUUUUCCCAUGUGUCUUCAAUUUGUGCCUCUGUGCUGGUAAAGAAAAGUACAAAGGAGAAGAGGCGUCAAAAGAUGAGGAGCCCGUUUCACUUUCUGACAUUCUCGAAUACACUCCCAAAAAGAAGUUGCUCAUCAAUUUGCUUGUACUUUUGAUGGCUGUGAUCGGCGGCUGUGCGGCCACUUUCUCGGCGGUGGACACGAUGAUGAACCUAGAAUUUCAUCCACCUUGCUAUGCCGCUUGGUUCACCGGACAUUUACCCAAUUCACAAACGGCACAUUUGGACAAUCACGGGAAAUUCGCGUGUUGUGGUGAGCACAGGAACAUCUCUCGGUUCGGUCUCGACUACUGUUUAAAUCCAUUCGAGCAAAUCGGUGCCGCGAGUCAUGGA